CACGCGCCGCAGCAGCGAAAACGGAACCAUUGGUAAGAGAACGGGUCGAUGCAGACGCCCCCAACAACUUGCAUAUUUCGGCUGGCUUAUCAUCGUCCAUAUACCGUCACACCCGAAGGAGUCUAGGCAGCACGCACGCCAUACUCUUGAUCCAGGAGCGGGUAUGAGACUAGGCAUUGCUCUCUAUCCAAGUCAUGGUCGCCAACGCGUAUAUGUCGAAUAUUUACAUCGUGGGUGCGCAAUGCACGGGGAAGACGACCCUCGUGAACGCCCUACGAGACCACUUCACCGAGAACGCCCCUCAGAAACGAGUUGUCCCGGAGAUCGUCUCGGAAGUAGCUCGGACAGUUCUCAAGACGCAUAACUACACGGCAGACGAUGUCCGAUCAGGGGCUGAGCGGUGUCUCGCCCUGCAAGAGCUCAUCAUCAAGGCGCAAGUGGCCGCCGAACGGGCGGCCCUGGAGAAGGGCGAGUGGUUCAUCUCCGACAGAUCGGGGAUGGAUCCGGUUGCGUACGCGAGGAGGUACGUCGGCAAGGAGGAGGCUACGAGGCUUACGCAAACCCCGGGAUGGGCCGAGCUAAAAGAGAGGAUGGGAAAGUCCCUGAUUGUGGUUUGCGAGCCGGGCCUGGGCUGGCUUAGAGACGACGGCGUGAGGCUGAUGCCGAAGGACCUCGCGGACUGGACCCACUUCCACGAUCUGUUCUGCGGCUACUUGGAGGAGAUGGGGCUUGAGUACCAGACACUUCCCCACGACAUAGCCCAUAUCGCAGACCGAGUCCGAUACGUCAUGGAGAGGUGGAAACCGAAUAUCGACGCCUGACCUCUGAUUUCGGGAGAGGGAUCGGGCCCGGCAGCGACACGGGUUCUAUGGUCGAUUUACGCUGUGUAAAAUUGCUGGGCGUCAGGGUUCGGUAACGGCUAAAGUAGAGGGGCGGUUAUGGUGUUCGGGCCUCUAAGGUAUGCGCUUAACCACGUUCCUACCCACCUGGUGCCUAGUUGAGGUCGCGGAUAAGGUGUAAGAGGAUGCCGACCCGGCUAUUACAACAUUGAAUCGUAUUUAGACCCGCUCUAGAUCACAAUAGACACAAUGUCAGGAAUCCCCAGUUG